CUCACGUGAGGUUGGGCAAUUGGGAUCGGUACUUAGGAAUGCCAGGUCCCAUGUUAAUAUUGACUUACUGACUAAUGGAUGCAGACGACCGAGUAUCGAAGAAAGAGAUUACAUUGCCUGACCUGCACAUGAUAGUGGUUAAGGAUGCAUUUUUGACCAGCGGGAGUUACCACUUACAUAGUUGUGAGGAUCUGUGGAAUUCAGUUUUGUGUGCGCGAAACGUUUGCUAGUUUAUCUUGUCAGAGUGUUUGUAUGUGUGCGCUUGGGUUAAUUGAAGAUGAUACACAUUGCUGAACCUCACAGAAUUAUCAUUUGUCUUCCAGUCAUUGCAAUUCUUUCGCUCAUUGCAGAACAGAACACUAAAGUGAAUGAUGUUGUUAUUACUGAGAAGUUGCUACAGAUAACCGACAGAACUGUGUAAUCAUAUUGAACAUGGGAUUACUAGAUAACGUACAAGUCAAUAGAAUGAGUUUUCAACCUCCUGCAUAUUUUCCUACAAAUUUGUCAGAUUCGAGCUAUCAACCUCCAACUGUUGUGGAUAGAAAAUAUUUUCAACAGAAAGUUUAUCACUACUUAAGUGAAUUGCGAGUUUUUCUUCAACAAGCACCUUUUGAAAUUCAGACAAAUAUUUCUGAGGAGAUGAUUACACAAUUAGCACAUAUUCUAGCCGACGGGAAAGUAUUUAUGGUUGUAUCUGAGUUAAUCGAUAGCCAACGUGUUGAAGAGCAAAUACUGCAUAAACAGCUGAUUGAUUUACGCUCUGAACAAUCUGCCAACCGAUCUGCUUUACGAAGAAGACAUCGAGAGGAAAUAUCUAUGAAUUCAUCCCGGCCACAUCAUUUACCAGUACUUAGACGUGAACAUGAACAAGAGACACAGAGAUUGGCUAAAAAUCAAUCAGAUGCUUUAUAUAAUCUUUCAUUAAGAAUUUUAGAUUCAUUAGAUGGACGUGUUGUUGAACAACAAUUAGCCUUAGAACAAUUAGGUGUACCAGCAUUUAUUCGAACAACAAAUUCGCAAAUAAUUAAAAUUCAAAUGAAAAUUUUAGAUUGGAUUGUACGUUUAACACAUCGUUCAUUGCCUUCAAGUUCAUCUAAUCAAUCUGUUACAUUAUAUUCAUGAAAUAUAUCUAUGUUCUCAUCUUCUUUAUAAUUACUUUCAGCCUUUUUCUAGUUCAUUAUUAACCUAUUCAAAAAUUCCCUUACUUCCCUAUUUUUUUUUUGGAAUCUCAUUUGUAAAAUAUGCAUAAAUCAGUGAGACUAUUCCAGUUUCUGCCUAUCAUCAAUUCUAAAAGGUGUCAUCAUUUGAAAAUUCACCAGUUUUUUUCAAAAAAAAAUAUAUUAGUGGAAUGGGAACAAUGAACUAUCAGAGAUUUCUGUGUAUUGUAAACACAAACUGUUGUUAUGAUUGCAAUUAUCAUCUUUUUAUAUUAUGUCAUUGUAUAAAAGCCGUCAUUAUUAUUUAUCACUAAAA